AAGCGUUUUGCUCUCUCUGCAACACCGCUAAAGGCAACGAUGGCUGGCAAACACGUUGGAAGUGUGGUGUUUGUUACUGGUAACGCUAAGAAAUUGGAGGAGGUUGUUCAAAUUCUAGGUGACCAGUUCCCGUUCACACUUGUUCCCAAAAAGAUUGACUUACCAGAGUACCAGGGUGAACCUGAUGAAAUUUCAAUAAAGAAAUGCCAGGAAGCGGUCAAAGAGGUCCAAGGACCUGUCAUAGUAGAAGACACAUGUCUGUGUUUUAAUGCACUGGGUGGCCUUCCUGGUCCAUACAUAAAAUGGUUCCUGACAAAGUUGCGACCUGAAGGAUUGUAUAAAAUGCUGGCAGGCUUUGAAGACAAAUCAGCUUAUGCACUCUGCACCUUUGCAUAUAGCACAGGAAAUCCAGAAGAUCCAGUUAAGCUGUUUCGAGGGAAGACUCUGGGCAAAAUAGUUGAUCCUCGGGGACCCCGAGACUUCGGUUGGGAUCCUUGUUUUCAACCAGACAACUUUGACCAAACGUAUGCAGAAAUGCCCAAAACAAUGAAGAACACAAUAUCUCACCGCUAUAAAGCACUUCGUGAAUUGGCAGAUUAUUUCAUCCAGAAAAACGAUUCUUUAAAAAAAGCCCGGCUAGAGGAGGAAAGCUGUUAAAAACUGUGGUCUCGUCUUUUGUAAGCAAAAUAAUGUCAUAAAUAUAUCAAAUAGAAGGCACUAAAUAUUUGACACAUUUUAAAAAUGUUAUAAAAUAAAGACAUUUUUCCACUAUU